GGCCGUCGCUUCCGGAGCAGCAUGGCGGCCGUGGAGGAUGAUCCGCUGUCCGGGAGCGGAGACGGGGAGCGGCUGGAUUUCCUGCGGGACCCGCACGUGCGCUUCUUCCAGCGCUGCCUCCAGGUGCUGCCCGAGCGCUACUCCUCGUUGGAGACCAGCAGGUUGACAAUUGCGUUUUUCGCACUCUCUGGUCUGGACAUGUUGGAUUCCUUGGAUGUGGUGAACAAAGAUGAUAUAAUUGAGUGGAUUUACUCCCUACAAGUCCUUCCCACAGAAGACAGAUCAAAUUUAAAUCGCUGUGGUUUCCGAGGCUCUUCCUACCUGGGUAUCCCAUUCAAUCCAUCAAAGAAUCCUGGAACAGCUCAUCCUUAUGAUAGCGGUCACAUUGCAAUGACGUACACGGGCCUCUCGUGCCUGGUCAUUCUGGGAGACGACCUGAGUCGAGUAAAUAAAGAAGCUUGCCUUGCGGGCUUGCGAGCCCUUCAGCUGGAAGACGGGAGUUUUUGUGCAGUACCUGAAGGCAGUGAAAAUGACAUGCGAUUUGUCUACUGUGCUUCCUGCAUAUGCUAUAUGCUCAACAACUGGUCAGGCAUGGAUAUGAAAAAAGCCAUCAACUACAUUAGAAGAAGUAUGUCCUAUGACAAUGGGCUGGCCCAGGGAGCUGGACUUGAGUCUCAUGGAGGGUCUACCUUCUGCGGCAUUGCGUCACUGUGUCUGAUGGGCAAGCUGGAGGAGGUGUUCUCCGAGAAAGAACUGAACAGGAUAAAGCGGUGGUGUAUAAUGAGGCAGCAGAACGGUUAUCACGGAAGGCCUAACAAGCCGGUCGACACCUGCUACUCAUUCUGGGUGGGAGCAACUCUGAAGCUCCUGAAGAUUUUCCAGUACACUAACUUUGAGAAAAACAGAAAUUACAUCUUAUCUACUCAAGAUCGCCUCGUUGGUGGAUUUGCCAAAUGGCCGGACAGUCAUCCAGAUGCCUUGCACGCCUACUUCGGGAUCUGCGGCCUGUCGCUCAUGGACGAGAGCGGGAUCUGUAAGGUGCACCCUGCUCUGAACGUCAGCACGCGGACUUCCCAGCGCCUGCAGGCUCUCCACCAGCGCUGGAAAAGCCAGGAGGCCGCCCGCUGCCCGGAGAACACGGCCCUCUCCACGUGACUGGCUCUGCCCGGGCAGGCGCGGGUCCCUAGCCUAGCUGUAGCUCCAGGUUAAAGCCAUGUAACCACGUGGGCUCUGCUGUCUGAGAGGCAGAGCCCUACAGUCACAGGGGACGCUGCGGCACGCUGCGAUGUGGUCCUGAGCCAGGACCCGAAGUGUGACCCGCAGUGGACGGCACCGUGCUUCUUAAAUGUUUAUACCAUAUUUCUAAGAAGUUCUUUGAGCAACUUGA